AGAGACUCCUCCAAUUUUUAUGUCAUCGGCCGGAUCACAAGUCGCCCGCCGCCGGAUUGAAUGACGUAAUCGAAAUCGAAGUUUCUAAGCGUUAUUUAGUGUUGUCAAGAAUGUGCCUUUCUUAUAAUUUGCAAAAGACGAGGAAGGAUAAGUCUCAACUUUGCUCGCUAUUUCUGCAAAAUGCAGAGGUUAAUAGGAAGGACCUGCAUUUUGGUAUUAAUAAUUACGGUUGUGUUUCUGAACGUGAUACAUUGGAUUAAAUUGUCGGAAAUUGACCAAGGUAACGACAGUGUGUCAAGAACACUGAGUCCAGAAUACAUGAGGAUAUUGAAGAAAAUUUCGAGUUUUCGCGUUCAACCACACCUCUCAAAGCAUGACCUGAUCAAAAUUGCAAUGGAUUAUGAGUCUCCGAUGAAGAAAGACGUUCAAACCCGUGUCCAGCAUAUCACGAGUGAGAUCCCCAGAGCUAAGGCUUUGACUCAACAAACAUCAACAUCAAGUACAAUUCAGCAGCCAAAGAAAGAGCAUUGUCUGCCAUUUAAUGAUCGCCUGCACCCACUUUGCCAAGAGAAAUUUCAGGAAAUUAAGAAAAGCUUGGCAACGAAAUGCUACAAGGAGGUCCAUAAAUUGGAUGGUUCGAACUGCUCGAUCCUUUCGUAUCUACAAGAGAUUGAGCCAUUUUGUGGAAAAAGUCAAACAAAAAAAGAGAAUUUGCCGUCAAAUGGAGAUGAUUCGAAGAGAAACAUUCGCACCGAUCUUCAAGGAUUUCUAACCCUUUUGAAGCACAAAGAUUUUCAUUGGAUGAGGAAAAGAGCAACAGCCCUUUGGUCAGACUGGGUGGAUGCUGCGCAGAGGCUUGAUAGUGAUGGAAGAUAUAAAUCAUAUCGUCGUAAAAGAAUCUUGAUUUAUCCUGGCGCCCUUUCAAUACAGAGAUGGUUAUUAGAAAGGGCGGGAAGUGGAACUUUUUUGGGCGAAUUGGUUCAAUGGACUGAUACAAUUGCUAGUGCCUAUGUACUUGGUCACGAUAUCACUGUUGUACUGGAAAACAAGAACACCAGAAAGUUUUUGAAGCCAAACGAUAAUGGCUGUGCUUCGAAGAACACGACUGGUUUCCCAGCUUUUGAUCUUAUCUUCACUGAUAUUUUGGGAGAAAAUGAUUUGAGGAUACAGCAGCUUGGGCCAGCUGCCUUUACGAGAUACAGAUGCAAAGUACGAGUGCUAGAUUCCUUUGGAACAGAUGCAGAGUUCAAUUACAAAGAGUAUCACAAAGACGUGCUAGGAGGGCGCGGUCCCUGGGGGAACUUAAACCUUCUUCUUCCGCAGUUCUUUACUUACUUCCCACACAGCCCGGAUAACACAUUCCUUGGCUUUGCAUCCGGCAGCGGAAAACUGGAAAACAAAACGAUCAAAAAGGACCAAGCUGUUAUUUAUGGGAAAAUUACUUCUUAUUUGCAGGACAAAUUAUGGUACAUAGAUAUCAUUAAAGAGUUUUUCGAAGUCCAUGCAACGAUGGCAGGGAAUGCAAAUAUCCCAUCUCACGUGAAGAACCAUGGAGUGUUAAGCUACACUGAUCUGAUGAAACUACUCAAAGAAUCUAAGGUGUUCGUUGGACUUGGCUUUCCUUAUGAGGGGCCUGCCCCGCUAGAGGCUAUUGCAUCUGGAGCGGUUUUCUUGAACCCUAAGUUUACAGUGCCGAAAAAUAAAAUCAACGAGCCCUUUUUUGGAGGGAAGCCGAAUGCAAGAAAGAUCACGUCACAAAAUCAGUACAUGGAAGAUUUUGUUAACGAGCCACAUUCACACACAUUGAAUAUAUCAAAUAAAAACGAACUCAGAUCUGUAUUAAAGAAAAUUAAAGAAUAUAAGAGCUUUACACCGUACCUGCCAAUGGAAUUUACAAAUAAGGGCAUGCUUGAAAGAUUAGCUGCACUCAUAGAGCAUCAGGAUCUUUGUAACCUUGAUGCCCCACGCUGGCCACCACUGCAAAGUCUAUAUACCUUCUUAGCCGAACCUGGAGUUUCUUGUAAAGAUGAAUGUCAUAGACGAGGUUUGAUUUGCGAAUGGUCAUUCUUCCAUGAUAUCAACAACAAAGCAACUUUUAAAAGAUUUGGAGUCAAGUGCAAUGAGUUGAGAUCAAUAAGAAGCUUAGAGUCGCCUUCGUUCCAUCGUGCAAAUGGCACUUGUUUUAUUCAAGAACAUUAUAUGUACUUUAGCUGUGUUGCCUACGACACUACAUUGCAGAGACUUUGUCCUUGCAGAACCUUCAUUCCAGAACAGUCGGCUUUGUGUCAAGGGUGUUUAUAGAGCCAGGAUUAAAUAAGCCAGUAAUGUUAGUAUCAGAUGGGCGACAAUUCGAAUAUUUGAAACAAUAAGUGACAUUCGCUGUAAGAUUUUCAUAGAAUUAAUAUAGUUUUGGGUAAAAAUAGUUCUAGGCGAAUGUAGUCACUCUUGUGGGCACCGCGCGGUCAUUUAAUCUUAGCUGGGGCUAAAAAUUUUUUUUUCAUCUCAUUUCAAAAAUCUUUAUACACGAAUUCUCUAUCAGCUAUAAUACAAAUAUAAAUAAACUACUUCUAUUACAAUUACUUCUUUAAUAUAUAUAAAAUAAAGAUGUUGCUGUUCUACCCAGGGAUCGUGUUUUGUUUUGAGAAUUUAUUAACUUUGUAGGAAUCCCUUCAAGUUUCUUUUAAACAUGGAAAUUGUGGGGCUCAUUCUGAUGUUUCUUGGAAUCUCAUUCCAUGUUUUAGCCCCAGAAUGAAAGAAACUUCCCUUUGAGAAUUCCAAAUUUUGCCUUGGGAUGUCAAUAUCAAGCUGAUUCCUUGUCGAAUACCUGGAUAUCUCUGAUCUGGUAAUAAAUUUAUCUUUAAGGCUGUCAGGGCAAAGACCAUUCAUCAUUUUGUACGUCAUUAUGGCCCUGUCAUAUUUAAUUAGAUUCGAAACUGAAAGUCAUUUACAAAUCCACCCGUCCUCAAAUUUAGCACUUUCAAUUAAUGUUUGAGUCCUGUCUUGAAGACGCUGAAGAUGUUCAAGCUUUGUAGCGGACAGACUUCCCCAUAAUUCAUCACCGUAUCUUAGAUGGCUCUCGAAAAGUGCCCUGUACUUAAAUAUUAGUCUCCCCUUACUUUGCAAAGAGUAGCAGUCCUUUCUUGUUCAUUUUCUUGGUGUUUUAUGUUGCGUAAUGAUAAAUUGUAUUUUCUAACUUGGUUAACUUGGUGUUUAAUUAUUCUCAAGAUAAUUAUAUCCAUUUUCA